GCAAAAGUCGUGCCCACAUUAAUGCACGCCCAACCCCACGGUCCGCCCGGACGGCGUGAUUGUUUCGAGCCUGUGCUAUAAGCUGGCAGCAGUGGCCGAGCCCAUCGCCCACGAUCCCAUGUGUUCCCUUGCACGUGUGUGACAUCAUCCGGCCUGCACCAGCACACUCCAGCGACCGAGCGUCCUACAGACCAGCCCAAGCCUCUCCUUCCAAGUCUCAGAUCCUUUCUUCGACCCUACACAACCCGCUCGAGCCUAACAAAGUGCUGGAGGUGCCCACCCAAGGACCCCGAGUGCUCUUUGAGCCUCACCCACCUCGUACUCGCACUCGCUCGCCUUUUCCAUAUAUCCACGCCUUCUUCCCCCUCUCCUUCCCCCCUCCCUUCACUACACCUUGAGCAGACGUCUCCACCCCACUCAUUUUCACGAGCUGAGGGCUAUUUCCUCGGCCAAAAGGCAACAAGCAUGUCCCGUCGUGAGUACCCUGUUGCGGACUACUACGAGGAACGAGAACGCGAGUUUUACCGCAACGGCCGGAGAGGCACGCGGGAUUACGUCGAGUUCGACGAGGAGAUCCGAACGUCGAGGACGCCUGAUUUUCUCCGCGAGGGCUACGGACGAUCCAGCGCUGGACCACUCGUCGUCCGCGGCCAUAAGGAAGAUGAUCGCACCGAGGUUGACGUCGAGACUCGAUCGUACUCCAAAUCGGUUCGAGGCUCACCGCCGCGGCGCAGGGAGAUCGAGAAGGAAGAGAUCAUCAUCCGAGACGACCGAGAGCGCCUGCCGCCUGCUAGGCGGAGAGCCCGCUCCGUGACCCGCGAGGAAUUCUCGAUUCGAAGGAGCGAGCCGGAUUUGCAAUCCAGGGGAUCUCGCAAGCCAGAAAAGGAGGACAUCGACAUUGAUAUCAAGCACACUGACACGCGCUCCACCCGCUCCGGCCGCCAGCGUGAAGUUGAGCGAGACGACAUCGACAUCGACAUCCGCCGCCGUGAUGACGACGCAAGAUCGAUGAGAUCUUCGCGUCGCCCGCGAGAAGUGGAAGAAACGGACAUUGAUGUCGAUAUCCGUCGAAACAACGAUGCUCGCUCCGUGAGAUCUAGCCGGCCGCGUGAAUUCGAGCGUGAUGAAGUUACGAUACGAAGAUCGGAGACAGAGCGACUUCCUCCACGUUCCCGCAAGGAUGAGGAAGAGAUAGUCAUUAGGAGGGGUGAAGGACCGCGACCACCACCGCCUCGGCCUGCACCUUAUCCGACCGAAACCACCGACAUUGAUGUUGGUAUAAGAGAAACAGAACGCCGUGGUCCUCGUGGUCGAGUUGUCGAAUCAGAUGACAUAGACAUCGACAUCAAACGACAGCAGUCUCGCGGCCGCGGCAGAUCACCGUCGCGAGAGCGAGAGCGCAUCGUCAUCCGAGAACAGAGCAGAGGCCCUCCACCACGCGAACGCAGCAUGCCACCACCAAACCUCCUGCGAAGAGAAACCGAAGAGUUUGUCAUUCGCAGGCGUCGACCACCUAGCCCCAGCCCUAGCCCGUCCCCUCCUCCUCCACCAGUGCGCGAAGAGCAGAUCAUCAUUCGCAGGACAGAGCGUUCGCCUUCGCCUCCCCCACCACCACCACCUCCUCCUGAGCCAGAAGCGCCACCACCUCCCGUUUUGACCCCGAUUAUAAGACCGCCAAUUCAUCAGGAGAUUCACCAGGAAAUUAUUACUCAUCAUCGACACAUUGAUCAUGGCGUUGAACGAGCACGAUCUCCCUCACCUCUUCCGCCACCACCAGCACCGCCACCUCCAGUCGAAGAGAAGAACGAGACGCUCGAGAUCGAUAUUCGCAGAGAGCGAGGAGGAAGAAGCAGCGAGGAAGAAAUCGACAUUCGCCAAAGUCGUACUCGCGACCGCUCCCCGUCGGUCUUAACUCGUGCUCGGUCUGUUGACGCAUCGCUCACCCGGCGUCACUACGACGAUAUCGCGGCUGAGGCCGAAUUCUACAACCGAAAAGCUCUCGAGCGCAGUUAUCCUGGUGAAGCUUACAAUGGCGCCACACGAGACUGGGAGCUGGUCGACGUACCACCAGGCACCGAACGUGUGCGUAUGGAAGGCGCUGGAGGCGGCUCUCAGGAGAUUACGUGGCAACGCUACAACGGCGCACGGCGCAGCAAAUUCAUAUCUGGAGGACGAGAAUACGAGACCGCCUAUGGCGAGCCUUUUCCGGCCGAGGACCGCAGGCUUGGUCCCGCUCGACCCUCAAGAUCGACAGAUAUGUGGACGGAGAUCACCAAAGAUCUGGUUAUCAGGGAAGCGAUUGAGCAGAUGGGUUAUGACUAUGAGGAGACUGAGUCAUACUUCUAUGUCAUGGAGUAUUUGCGUUACGAGGAUGUACUUCAGCUCGUAGAGAUAUCGGACGAGAUUCGCCGGCAGCGACGGCGAAGGAUACGCGAGCUUGAGUGGGAACGUGCCGCACUCGACCACCGACUUCCCCGUGACGAUGAUCGCUACUACGAGCGUGAAGUGAUCAUCGACAAACGUGAGAGGAGGUAUUGAAUCGAUUCGUCUUUCACAGUUUGAACAGAAGAAGCGCCCCAACAGUCGCGUUUAUGCCAUGCUACACUGCAUACCCCCAGAGCAGCUUACCAUGGGUCACGAAGUUACGACGGAAUCGGCUGGCCGCUACUUUUCUCACCGUGAGAGAUGUGGCUAGGCUAGAUGAGCAAGGAGUUUUUUUUUUGGAGGAGAACUCUCGUCUUUUUCUUUUCUUUUUUUUUCUCUACUUUUGCCAAGCACUUUGCAUAGCGGAGCUGGACGGGAUGAAAGAGCACACACGCUUCUCGAAUAAUGACAUGUCAUGAGUCGACGACACCUUUUCUGUGCUUGACAGCCCUCGUCUGUGUCCGUAGCAAGCGAUAUAGAUCAAUUGUGCGUAGAAUGUCCUACCUUUCCAAUGCUAGUCUUUCUUGAGCAUGUCAAAGACUCGUGUGAACACUAUCGUAGCGUCGAAUCCUAGUGUUUGAAGGUCAAACAAAUCUAAGUUACCG